AUGCUAAACAGGCAACCAUAUGCGCCGACACCGCACAGCUACGUGCCAAACUCUACGCUCUCGGCGACUAUAAAUCUCGAUGAGGAAGUGAAACUAGCCGACACCCGCGCUGAGCGCGACCUUCAAGACUCCCUCGCCGAAAUCUUCAGCAUCAUAGUCACCCUCGACGAGCUCGAAAGGGCCUUCCUCAAGGACGCCAUCCCCGAAGCAGACUACACCGAAAUAUGCGAGCGCUCUCUCAAACAAUACAAGUCCCUGGUCGCCGAUGAAGCAGUCGCCCGCGCCUUUGUCGGACUGGAGGAAUUCAAAGCAGAAUGGGACCUUGAAGUGCCCCGCGCCACAGAGCGCAUUCGCGUGGGGAUGCCCUCCACAACAGUGGACGCAUCUGCUGGACACCACGGAGGCGGCAGCGGUGGUGGAGGAAAUGGUUCCAAGUCUGAAAAUUCGGGUGGUAAAAACCCUAGUGGACAGCUCAUUCUGGAGGCGACGCAGGACUUCAUCACAUUUUUGGAUGCGUUGAAGCUGGGCUUGCUGGCAAAGGACCAGUUGCAUCCUCUGCUGACGGAUGUGAUUCAGUCUGCGAACAAGGUGACGGAUAGGGACUUUGAAAACAGGGGCAAGAUUGUCCAGUGGCUGAUUACGCUCAACCAGAUGAAGGCUACGGAAGAGCUGAGCGAGGACCAGGCGAGGGAGUUGGAGCUGGACAUCAACUCUGCGUAUCAGGGUUUCAAGGCUACCCUCUAA